ACUCUCCGUGGACCGGAAGUGACGCUGGGUGGGAGAGAAGAAAACGAGUUGCAAGCGCGCGCGGGCCGCUCCGGCUCUGCCUGGCUCGCGCGGGGCCGUUGGAGCCUCUCCCGGGGCCGGAGAAGGGUGUGUGACUGAGAUCAGGGCUCCUAUCGUACUGAGUGUGGCCCUGUUCUGCAAGGCGCUGCGGGGACCCCAGCUGAGAUCUGGGCCUUGUUCUGCCAGGCACUGAAGAGACCCCAGGCUGCAGAAUAACGUCCACGUUUUGCUCCAGAUCAUCCCAUCCUCCCAGGGGGAAGGCAAUGGCUGCAAUGGAGCUGGCUCAUGGGCCGGUGACUUUCGAGGAGGUGGCUGUGUAUUUCACUAGGGAGGAAUGGGCUCUUCUGGACCCUGUUCAGAGAGCCCUCUACAGGGAUGUCAUGCAGGAGAAUUAUGAGACGGUGACCUCACUGGUAGGGUUUCCAGUUUCCAAACCUGAUGUGAUCUCCCAGGUGGAACGAGGGGAAGAGCCGUGGGUUCCAGACCUCCAGGGCUGUGAGAAAGAAGUGCUUCCAAGAGCUACCUGCACAGGUAGUGACCUGUGUCUGGAUUCUCUCUGUCUCCCAUCAGGUGAUGGGAUGGUGAGUGAGAAUGAGGAGGAGAAACCCCAUCAGGAAGAUGCUGAGCGAAGAGAAGCACAUGGAAUGUUAUCAGGAAGAUCCAAAGAGAAUGUUUCCAGGAGUUGUGCACUCCCAGAAAAACCAAAAGCCUGUGAGACUCAGAGGAGACCAGAGGGAAACAUUAUUAGCCUCUCAGACCUUAUAACAAGCGGCAGAAUCAACUUGGAAGAGACACGCUACAUGUGCCAUGAGUGUGGGAAAAGCUUCAGUCAGAGCUCUACCCUGAACACACAUCGUAGAAUCCACACAGGAGAGACGCCCUACACGUGCACUGAGUGUGGGCAAAGCUUCAAUCAGUGCUCAACCCUUAUCAGACAUCAGAGAAUCCACACAGGAGAGACGCCCUACUCAUGCUCAGAGUGCGGGAAAAGCUUUAGUCGGAGCUCACUCCUUAUCAGACAUCAGAUAAUCCACACAGGAGAGAAGCCCUACACAUGCUCAGAGUGCGGGAAAAGCUUCAAUCAGCACUCAAGGCUCAUUAGACAUCAGAAAAUGCACAGGAGAGAGAAUUGUAAUAAAUCCCUUGACUAGUGUUGGCAAAAAUGAUUUAAAAAAAAAUCACAUUAGUUAAUUCCCACAUAGUGAUUUUUGCAUCAUCUUCACCGUGGUGUCUCAGCUCCACCAGAUAAGUUGCCGCCUUCUGCCUUUUGCAGCUCAUCCUUCUUUGGGGUCAGUCCUAUGAUCUUUUCUAUCAACUCCUUUCCUUUUGAGUCAUAGGAGUGUGUAUCCCUCCAGCCAGGAAUGUUCAUGAGUUUCAAGUAGGGGGAGAGGUUUGAUCCCAGCAAGGUACAGUGAGGCAAAAACUACCGGUGCCUUCCAUCCACUAGGACUGUACAUGGCGUUAGCUGCUCAAGUUAGUGAUCUUAAUGUAAAAAGUUGUAGUGCAGAUGCAGCCCAGGUGCAGUGGUUGGCAUUAGCUUUCCCCUUGACCUGACCUAAACUCCAUCACUUUUCCUAGUCUAAACUAACCCUGAGCAUCAUGAUUAUCCUGUUCCCCCAUUUCAAAGCAAUUCUUAGUCAUCGAGUUCUCCCUUGGGGAACAAAUUGUUUCAUUCCCAGUUGUUCUGAUGUUGCUUCAGGUUGUGCUGGAGAGCAGAUAUUUUUAUUAUUAUUUUCCGCACUUAAAAUAUAUUGAACUAUAACAAAGAACAGGAACAGGGCAGGGAUAGGGAAAAAGUCAUUUCCUCCUCUGUAACAACAGACAUAGUUAGGGUAAGUCAGAGGGAGUCCCUUAUUCCCCAUAACUGUCCUCCUUCAAUCCGUGCUAGAACCUAAGAAUCCUUUUCCUUUCCCCAGUUGUGGGGUGAGAGACUUCCAAAAGUGCUCCCUGUGCUAUAGCACAUGGCUAAGCUCAGAGAAUAAACCCCAAAUCUCCCCUGAGCUUUGCUUUUUGAAUUCUGUAUUUCCGAUUGCUUCAAGCCUGGGCAUUGUGAUUAUUAACCAGUUUCUCUAGCACUGUUCCUACCACUGUUUCUGUAACAUAUUUUGUUUUUUAUGGGA